CUUCAUUCAUCGCGCCCGCCCGCGCCGCCCGCCCUGCCGCCCGCCCACUAGACGCGCCGUGCUUCCCGUCGCGCGCUUACUCACCUAGCAUCACGCUCACAAAUCUGUCACGGGACGCCUUACGGAGCGCUCGCGCCGUUUAGCAUGCGGGGAUCGCGGACGCUAUGUCUUUCCCGCCGAAUCUACCCAAGCCGUCCGGUAGCGAAAACGAGUACGUGCACAUUAGGUGCCUCAUAGCGAACAUUCAUAGGCCUAAGAAUGUGUCGAGGCCACCCUUCGCGCAGGUGGAUGUACCGCUCGAGGCUGUCGAGGAGUCGCCGGGGUCUUCGGACACGGAGCGCAGCGGCUCGGUGUCCGAGAGGUCGGAAGUAUCUGAGGUGUCCGAGAUGAACGCAGCGGAAGAAGAGCCGCCGCAACGGCGCACGAAGAGCAACAGCUUCGCGGGGCCGAUGUUGGCGCCGCCGGCGCUGCAGCACCAUAAGAAGCGGCGGCCGUCCUUUCUGCAUCUUCCGGGACCGGGCUGGGGCGGGCCGUCUGGCGCGCAGACUGCGGGGCCGCACUUCAGCGUGCCGCGCUUCACGGUGACCGCGCCGCCGGGCGAGGGCCGCCGUUUCAGCCACGGCUUCGCCUUCCAUGGCUUCGCUCUCCGUCGACACUCCAAUACGAGCCUUCAUCGCAGCGAGUCGAUGGUCUCGCUGGCGUGCUUCAAGACGCUCUCGCAACUCGUCAACAACGAUGACGUCACAGAGCUGCAGCAGUACCUCGCCAACAACAAGAACAUCAAUAUCGACGAUAAAGACGAGAAUGGCACGACGGCGCUCAUGUGCGCGGCGGAGCAGGGCCGCGUGGGUGCGGUGCGAGUGCUGGUCGCUGCUGGCGCAGACGUGUGCGCAGCCGAUGCGGACGGCUGGACGUCGCUCGCGUUCGCCGCGCGCGGCGGUCAUCUACUCGUCAUGAGGGAGCUUCUCGAUGCAGGCGCACAUGUCGACUCUAGGGACUGCGGAGGAUGGACACCUUUGAUGUGGGCUUCGUACAAGGGACACGAUGAAGAAGUGGGACUGUUAUUGGAGAAAGGAGCAGACGUACAUGCCCAUGGAAAUUAUAACAUCAAUUCGUUAGUAUGGGCGGCUGGUCGUCGCCACAGCAGCGUGGUGCAGCGGCUGCUGAGUGCGGGCGCGCGCGCCAACUCUUGCGACAAGUACGCGACGUCCGCCCUCACGUGGGCGGCGCGUGCCGGCGACGCAGCCUCCUCCGCCGCCUUGCUGCGAGCCGGCGCUGAUGCCAACACCGCCGGCAUGUACUGCUGGACACCGCUACUGCAGGCCACGCAAGGCAACCAUUUUGAAAUCGUACAAAUGCUUUUGGAACAUAAGCCGAACGUAAACGCGUUAGACAAAGACGGCUACACCGCUCUGGCGAUAGCCUGCAAAGAGGGAUACUACGACAUCGCAUUGGCGCUCAUUAAUUCUGGGGCCUACAUCAAUGUUCAGGACCAUUCGAAAGACACUCCGUUGAUCCACGCGGUGAAGGGAGGUCACAGGAACAUUGUGGAAGCGUUGCUAAAGAAACACGUCGAUGUAGAUUUGCCGGGCAAGGACAAGAAGACGCCUGUAUACACUGCGGUGGAGAAAGGUCACGUCGCCAUACUGAAGCUGCUGCUGGCCUCCAACCCGGACCUCGAGCACUGCACCAGUAGCGGAGACACAGCGCUGCUGCGUGCGGUGCGGUCGCGUCACGCAGAGAUGGUGCAGCUGCUGCUGGAGCGCAAGGCGCGUGUUGGUGCUGCCGACAACCGCGGCGACACCGCGCUGCACAUCGCCAUGCGCGCACGCUCAAAGCAAAUAGUUGAAAUCCUCCUGAGAAACCCCAAGAACAGUCAGCUGCUGUACAAGCCGAACAAGAUGAAGGAGACGCCGUACAACAUCGACAUGAGCUACAACAAGACCAUCCUCGGCCAGAUGUUCGGCGCGCGUCGCCUCAACACCAGCGAGGACAACGAGAACAUGCUCGGCUACGAGCUGUACAGCGCCGCGCUCGCGGACAUGCUCGCCGAGCCCAGCCUCGCCGUGCCCAUCACCGUCGGCCUCUACGCGCGCUGGGGAUCCGGCAAAUCUUUCCUGCUCAGCAAACUGAAAGAGGAGAUGAAAAACUUUGCGCGGCAGUGGAGUGAGACAGGGUGGGCGUGGUCGUGGGCGGUGGCGUGGGGGGCGUGGCACGGCGCGCUGCCGCUGGCCGCCGCUGCCGCGCUCGCCGGAGCCCCGCCAUACAUCGCCGUCGGACUCGCGUUCGCGCUCUUCGCCGCCGCAUACCUCAUAUUCUAUUUACUAUGGAACCUAGGAACCAGAUAUGAGUGGUGGUGGGCGGGGGGCAUGAUGUCGACCCUGGGCCGGCGAUUCAACUCGCUGCUACUGGUGCUACAAGUCGUGUUCUGUCAUCCGCCCGGCCCCAACGACCCGCGUGCGCUUCCGGCCACGCCUAUACGGUUUCACUUCACGGAGGGCAUGCGUAGCGGCGCGGGUCAGGAGGGCUCGGCACUGGUCGUGCAGAUGAUCGGCAGCCUGGCGGAAGCGCUCGAGAGCCAGUACGGUCGCGUCUGCACCCGCCUCGCGCGCGCCUUCCGCCCGAGACCUGUCUCCUCUACAUCCGGAUGGAAAUGGCGUCGCGCGUGCUGCAUCCCGCACAUCGUGAUGUUCGAGGUGAUCUUCACGUGCCUGCUGGUGGGCCUGUGCGUGCUCGUCAUGUUCCUCACCGAGACCGAUGCGGACAAGCAGCGGCGUGACAUCCAGCAGGGCGUGGUGGUGGGGGCGUGCGCGCUGGCCGGCGCCGCGCUGCUCGCCAACCUGUACACGGCGGGGCGCGCGCUCGCCGCCCUCGUGCUGCCGCCGCGCGCCCGUCUGCUGCGCGCGCUGCGUCGCGACUCGCACGCGCUCUCCCUCCGCCCGGAGGUGCAGGCCCUCACUGACAUGGUGUCGUGCCUGGACGCGUUUACAGGUCAGCAGACGCGGCUGGUGGUGGUGGUGGACGCGCUGGACAGCUGCGAGCAGGAGAAAGUGCUGGCGCUGCUCAACUCCGUGCACGCGCUCUGCUCCGACCCCAAGAGCCCCUUCAUACUGCUGCUCGCCAUCGACCCUCACAUCAUCAGCAAGGCGGUAGAAAUAAACAGCCGGCGUGCGUUUUCUGAGAGCAACAUCGGCGGGUGGGACUACCUGCGCAACAUGGUGCAGCUGCCCUUCUACCUGCAGAACUCUGCGCUGCGCCGCGUCAAGGCUGCCCAGCAGACCGCCGCCAAGCGCAUGCAGGCCAUCGCCGCUGAGGACUUCUCCACAUCUCUACAGAGAUCUGUGUCUGCUCGUCGUCUAUCAUCGACGUCCGAGCUGAUGUCGAGUCAGGAGCGCAUCAAGGGCCAGGCGGGGCAGGCGGGGCAGGUGGGGCAGGCGGGUCAGCUGGGCAAGGAGAGCGCGGCGCGUGCGCGGCGACUGCGCCCCUCGGAGUCGCUGGCCUCCUCCGUGGCGUCCGGGCUGCACCGCGCGCCCGCCGCAGACCUCGGCCGCGUGUUGCUCACUGACGACUACUUCAGCGACGUCAACCCGCGCAGCAUGCGUCGACUGCAGAACGUCCUCUACAUCACUGGGCGAUUGCUGAAAGCUUUUCAAAUCGAGUUCACAUGGAGCCAGCUUGCAUCGUGGGUGAACCUGACGGAGCAGUGGCCGUACCGCACCUCCUGGAUCAUAUAUCACCACGAAACCUUCGAGGAGCACAUUGACGAUGCCACUCCACUCAAGCACAUAUUUGAAAAGGUGAAGCCGUCGCUCAGUAACGCGCACGAGGCGGGCACGCUGACGGAGUUGGACCGGGAUGAGCGAAAGUUGGAGGUGUUCCUGGGCUUCCACCGCAGCACCCUCACCGCCGCAGACCUCAAAAUCUUCCUGCCCUUCACCAUCAACCUCGACCCUUACAUCAAGAAGGUCAUCAAAGAGGAACAGCUACAGAUGGGCGCGGAGGACGAGGUGAUGCCUACAGCGCCGUGGGUACAGCAGAACCUACGACAACCACAUUCCAAAUUACUGCCCGGCAAGAAGAAAAUUUCACCUGUGAGCGGUGUGGGCGCGGGCUCUAUGGCACCGCCUGUGUGGGUGGGGUGGGCCAGCACGCAGUACUCGCAGCUGCCACACGGGUCACAAGUACCGCAAGUGCCCCAAAUGCCACACAUGCCGCAAAUACCUCAAAUGACAAACAUGCAGCAUUUUAUGCCGCAGUUGGCACCAAACCCGAUUGCUUUGCUCAAGACUGCAUUUCCCAAUUUGGGCGAUGUGACGUCGGUGCGGCUGUCGUCGCUGAGUGUGGAGCGGGCGUGCGGCGUGGUGCGCGCGGCGCUGGGCGGGGCGGGCGCGCCGGCCGCAGCCGCGCUGCAGCGACACCACGUCUGCGGACUCGUGCUCGCCGCCUGCCGUCUAGAUGAACUCAAACCGUUGUUAGAUUUACCGUUCGGCGACUGGGAGUUGUUCAAAAUGCUUAUCCUAAAUCUGCGCGAGCUGGAGGCCGGCAUGCCGCUCAACGCGCCCUCAGUUGCUGUGAUUCCCGAAAAGUCUGCGGAAACAGAAACAGAUUCAGUGAAGCCUCGUCUAGAACAUCAACGCAGUCGACCUACUAAUGUUGAGAAACAGCUUUAUACGGAAUAUCAGGUGACGCUGGAGGAGCAGAUGAUCUGCGGUGCGCUGCAAACACUGGACGAGGAGGCUCCGGAGGAGGCGCCGCCGCCCGCGCCAGAGGGGGGCAGCGAGAUGCAGGUGCGACUGGCGCGCAGCGGCGCAUCGUGGGCGGGCGGGCUCAGCGCCGGCGGCUCCCCGCGUGCCACCCGCCGCGACCCCUCCAUCCUGAAGGGCGGCAGCUUCCGCACGCGCCGUCACGCCGACCCGCCCGCGGUCACCUUCAACGUCGAGAACGAGGAGGACUCCGACGACGGCCAGAUCACGUUCAGCGCGCGCCCCCGACCCGCCGUGCAUUACCGCGCUUCGCCCGCCCCACCGCCCGCCGCCACACGCUCCCGCCCCUCCUCGUUGCUCGUGUCGGGCGAGGACGUGCGCGAACUCGACGACCGUCUCGCCGCGCGCUCUCGCUCCGUCGAGGACUCCACCAACACCGGCUCCCCGAUUGUCGACCUCAAGCUCAGGAGCCUGAAGAGGACGGCGGAAAUAUUGAAGAAGGUCGGAUCCGCCGAGCGACUGACCCGCUUCAAGGACAAAAUUAUGUCGCGCGGCAACGGGUCGCGAGAGCGUAGUCCGCCACGCGAGGAGACCGCUAGCGACGACGAGUCUGCGCCGCUGGUGAGCUCCCCGGCCGCGCCCCCGCCCCCGCCCCGCGACAUCUCCGCCUCCUCCACCUCCAACUCGUCGCCGCUCGCCUCCUCCUCGCAGUCGCGCGCCUGCCCCACCUCGCCCAACAAGAAGCUUAUAGGCGUCGACUGCGGAGACCGCAGCCUGCAGGACAUUACGGCCAGCACGGACUUCUCUCCUCGAUCGGACCUCACCGACUUGGAGUCGCCUCGGGAAUGUACGGUCCAGUUUGACCAUCUCCCCGAAUGUAAAUCUGGCGAUGGGAAGAAUACAAAACUCCAUGUUGCGCGCGAGGACAGUAGCUCGUCUCUGUCCAAUAUGGUGGAGCCGUACAAUAUGUACCUGCUGGCGCACGGCACGUCGGAAAAUUGUCGGGGCCUGUGGCGGCAGAACGCACUCGACUCCGGACCGCCGUGGCCCUGGGACGACGAGCCGGAUUCUGCGGUGUGAACCCAGAGCAUCGACAAUCGCCUUCUUGGCCAAUUACUUUGCAUUUAGCUAUGUGAAAGCCGAGUACUUAUUUUGCAGCUACGGUGAAUAGUUACAUUGUCCAAACUAUGAAAUACGUUGAUCUAAAAGUUGAAUAUCACACAAAUGAUUACUACAACUACUAAUUGAUAAUUGACUUGCAAUCAAUGGCUCAUUGUAAUAGGUAUAGUACAUUUUUGACAAUGAGAAUACUUGAUUUAAAGCUAUACGAUACUUUAGAUAUAAAAAAAUGAAACGACAUUUCUUUUUAAUAGUUUAUUCUACUUUCAACACUCGAUAAAAUAAACUGCGACGGCAGAACAAGAACGUCAGUCGACUGGCAGCUGGCAAGUGCACUUUCAUCUUGUAACAAGGAAUGGAGAAGUGACAUCUCAUUCGCAAUUGCUCACGUGUACUUAAGUACAUAGUUUUAUAAUUAGAUAGGGUAUUAUUGUUUCCAGUGUAACUAAUACAUUUGUAUUAGUUUAAAAUUAAUUGAUUAUUUAGCUAAUUAAU